AUGGCGGAAUCUGUAGAAACUGUGAGUGAAUCAAGUAAGAAAUUGUCAAGGGUGAAGAAAUCGAGAGUGGGGCGUUCGAGAAAAGGGUGUAUGAGAGGUAAAGGUGGGCCAGAAAAUGCCUUGUGCACAUACAGAGGAGUAAGACAAAGGACAUGGGGCAAAUGGGUAGCCGAAAUAAGAGAACCAAAUCGCGGAGCAAGAAUUUGGUUAGGCACUUUCAACACCUCCCUCGAAGCGGCCAGAGCCUACGAUGAUUCUGCGCGUCGUCUCUAUGGUUCCCAGGCGAAGCUCAAUCUCCCCGAAGAAGAAUCGCCUGAUCACACAGACGAAAAUUUGGAUGAAACUUGUAUGGAGGAUAUAAAUGAGGGCGGGGAAUGUUCUGUACUUGAGGAAGCAUCCAUAUUUAAAGAUGGCAACGGCAAGUAUAUGGUGUGGGAGACGCCGGCGCCUAGUUUGCUUGGGUUGGAUUUUCCCAAUGAAGCAGAUAUUAGUGUUGAUUUUGAGAGGAAGGAUCAGUUCUAUGAUAGGUUUAGUCAAAAGGAUUUUCUAUUUCAUAUGUAG